GAGAAUUCCUGAGGAAGAGGUCGCUCUCGUGAGACAAACACCUCAUCCUACACCAAGUUACCGCCACCGGCCCGAAAACACUUUCCCUCCCAUCAGCGCCCUCAGCUUCUCUGAGCCAGGCUUCCCAGUGACGUCCAGGUACUUCCGGUUUCCGCUCGCGGUCUUCUACUCACGUGCGGGUCUGCCAGGCCACCCUGGGCUGCUGAUGAAGAAAGUGGGGGGCCAGGAGGAAGCAGCAGGCAGCUGUCAGUCAUCAUGGGCAUCAGAGGACUCAUGAGUUUCGUGGAAGAUUACAGUAAUGAGUUCUUCACUGAUCUGAAACUGAGGGACACAAAAGUUAUCAUCGAUGGCUAUUCUCUCUUCCAUCGACUUUGCUUCAACUCAGACUUGGAACUCCGGUAUGGAGGGGACUAUGAUUCAUUUGCAGACGUUGUACAGAGAUUCUUUGAGUCACUGUUCGCUUGUCAUAUCUGUCCCUAUGUUGUAUUAGAUGGAGGAUGUGACAUUUCAGAUAAGAAGCUUACAACUCUGAAGGAUCGAGCUAGAGAGAAGAUCCAGGCGGCCCAUUCCCUUUCUGUCGGCGGGCGUGGGAAUGUGUGUCCCUUACUCAUCCGAGAAGUGUUUAUACAGGUUUUGAUCAGGCUUAAGGUGUGUUUUGUUCAGAGCUUCUCGGAAGCAGAUCGGGACAUCAUGACACUUGCCAAUCACUGGAAUUGCCCUGUGCUAUCAUCAGAUAGUGACUUUUGCAUUUUUGACCUGCGAAGUGGGUUUUGCCCACUGAAUAGUUUUCAGUGGAGAAAUGUGAACACUGUUAAGAACACACAGGAUUACUAUAUUCCUGCCAAAUGCUUUUCCCUCGAUGCAUUCUGCCGUUACUUCAGCAACAUGAACAAGACUCUCCUACCUCUCUUUGCGGUGCUGUGUGGAAACGACCACGUUAAUCUGCCCAUCAUAGAGACACUCAUCAGCAAAGCACGGCUUCCUCUUAGUUCUAAGGGGAGGAGAUACCACCGAGUUCUGGGACUUCUGAACUGGUUGUCUCACUUUGAUGACCCCGCUGAAGCACUGGAGAAUGUCCUGAAGCAUCUCCCCAGAAAGGGCCGAGAAGAUGUUAAGGAACAUCUCUGCACUUCCAUGGAAGAGUACCAGCCGUCCCAGGUGAAGCUGCAGGACUUCUUCUACUAUGGAACUUACGUCUGUCCAGACGCUUUGAAUCUGGGCUUGCCAGAGUGGGUAGUAGUAACCUUAGCUAAAGGCCAGCUACCACCUUUCAUCAGUGAUGCUCUGGUGCUUCAGAGGACCUUUCUUCACACACAGGUAGAAAACAUGCAGCGACCAAAUGCCCACAGAAUAGCUCAGCCCAUCCGGCAAGUCAUCUAUGGGCUUCUUUUGAAUACCUCAUCACAUCCAGAAGGUAUUUCCCAGAAUGCAGUGCCUUCUCAGCCUCCAGCUUUCAAUGAAGUGGAAAGAAUUGAUAAAAAUAUCAAAACAUCGGUUGUUUAUGCAAAACAACUGCUCAAGAAUCAUUCUGACUUGAGCAAAUUGACUGAGCUCCCCUUGCCUAGGCGGCGGAUGCUUCUGUUAGAAGCCCUGAAGGUCAAACAGGUUGUCCUGGAGGCCAUCCCUACUUUGCUGAAGUUGCCCAUUGCUGUCACUUGUUACUGGUUGCAGUCCACAGAGGCCAAGGCAAAGCUCCAUCAUCUGCAGGCCUUACUGCUGGGGAUGCUGAUGGAGCCCUUGCAUGCCAUUAUCAACUGCCCUGGUGAGGAAGACCCACGGGCAGGUGGUGCCAAGGUGCUGUAUGAAGAGUUACAGCGGGUGAAGGCGUCCAUGCAGCCAGGUGCAAGAUUGGAUUUAGACACAGCUCACGUCUUCUGUCAGUGGCAGUGCUGUCUCCAGAUGGGGUUGUAUCUCAACCAGCUGCUGUGCACUCCUCUCCCAGAGCCAGACCUAACUCAGUUGUACAGUGGAAGCCUGGUGCACGGACUCUGCCAGCAACUGCUAGCAUCCACUUCUGCAGAAAGCCUCCUGAGCAUGUGUCCUGAAGCAAAGCAACUGUAUGAACAUCUGUUCAAUGCCACGAAGUCAUAUGCCCCAGCUGAAUUAUUUGUACCAAAGACUCAAUCAAACUCAAAGAAAAGGAGGCAAAAGAAAAAGGUUACCAGCCAGUCAAAGAACAAAGUGGUAACCACUUCAGACAGCAAGCACUGGUAUGACAGAAGCAAUCGGUUUGGGCUGUUAAUGGUUGAAAGCUUGGAGGAGCACUUAGAGACCUCAGAGCUUGAAUAAACAGUCUGUAUAGCA